AUGGACGCUACGUUAAUUAAAACUGUUAAUAAACUUCAGGAUGCCUUUGCAACUGUCGGAGUUCAAAAUCCUGUUGAUUUACCGCAGAUUGUAGUUAUUGGCUCUCAAUCAAGUGGUAAAAGUUCAGUAUUAGAGAAUAUUGUGGGACGUGACUUCUUACCUAGAGGUACUGGCAUUGUGACCCGAAGACCUUUGGUCUUACAACUUAUAAAUCGACCGUCAAGUUCAGCUGCAAAAACUGAAGAUAACCCAGGUAAAGAAAAUGUGAAAGACGCACCUGUAAAACCCGUGAAACCUGUGAAUUGUAAAGAAUCAGAAACAUCAAAUAAUGAAGAUGAGUGGGGAGAGUUUUUACACAUGCCUGGCGUAAAAUUUAAUGAUUUCAACAAGAUUCGUGAUGAGAUUGUCAAGGAUACUGAAGCAAAAACGGGAAAAAAUGCCGGCAUCUCUCCAGCACCUAUAAACUUAAGAAUAUAUUCACCUAAUGUACUUACAUUAACACUUGUUGAUUUGCCUGGACUUACAAAGGUGCCCGUUGGAGAUCAGCCAAAGGACAUUGAAAAGCAAAUCAAAGAUAUGAUUUUGAAAUAUAUCACCAAACCAAAUGCAAUUAUUCUUGCAGUUACUGCUGCCAAUACUGACCUGGCUAAUUCAGAUGGGUUGAAACUGGCCCGUGAAGUAGAUCCCGAAGCGCAGAAGGUCAAACUUGACCAUUAUGACUUUUUACUUGAAAAUAGGGACCAAGGAACAGAUGUCGUGGACAUUUUGGCGGGCCGUAUUAUUCCUCUGCGUCUCGGUUAUGUACCUGUUGUGAAUCGUGGUCAAAAGGACAUUGAUAGUAGGAAAGCUAUUGCUGCCGCACUUGAAGCUGAAAAAAAUUUCUUCGAGAACCAUCCGGCUUACAAGAGCAAGGCACAAUAUUGUGGGACACCUUUUCUUGCCAGAAAAUUGAACAUGUCACUUGGGGAUCCUUUAGAUGAAGGUCUUAAUAAUAGUGCCAAUAUUGUCCUAAAUAUUAUUACAGAAUUUUGUACAGAAUUUCGCACAAUCAUUGACGGCAAUUCCAAUGAACUUUCUUCUUUCGAGUUAUCUGGCGGUGCACGUAUUAGCUUUGUUUUUCAUGAAGUGUUUGCUAGUGGUAUAAAGACAAUAGAUCCUUUUGAUCAAAUAAAAGAUGUAGACAUUAGAACGAUACUUUACAAUUCUUCGGGAUCAGCACCAUCUCUCUUUAUUGCUUCAACUGCAUUUGAAGUGAUCAUAAAGCAACAAAUUAAACGCCUAGAAGAACCUAGUUUAAAAUGUGUGACGUUAGUGUACGAAGAAUUGGUUCGAAUUUUAUCUCAAUUGUUGCAAAAACAAUUGUUCAAACGUUUUCCUGGACUAAAAGACAAGUUUUACUCUGUUGUCAUUAACUUUUACAAGAAAGCUCUGUCACCUACGAACAAACUUGUGCAAGACCUUGUUAACAUGGAAGCAAGUUAUAUUAACACUGGCCAUCCUGAUUUCUUAAAUGGCCACAAAGUCAUUGCAUCUAUUAAUGAUAAAUAUAACCCAAAGCCCGCAAACCCUGCAGAUCCAAAAACAGGUCGUGGAAGCAUUACUAAUCUUACUAAUCCGAGUCCGAAUCCACUUCUGCCAGACUCCGAAUCGGGGAACACUGGAUUCUUUGGAAGUUUCUUUACAGGAAACAAAAAGAAGAAAGCUGGCGUCAUGGAACCUCCGCCACCAGUUUUGAAAGCGUCAGGAAAUCUCUCGGAACGAGAAUCAAUGGAAACCGAAAUUAUAAAGACACUUAUCCAAUCAUAUUUCAACAUUGUAAAAAGAACUAUCGUCGACAUGGUUCCAAAGGCUGUUAUGCUGAAUCUUGUCUCACAUACCAAAGAAGAACUCCAACGAGAACUGUUGCAAGAACUAUAUAAAGCAGAUGUUCUUGAUGAAUUACUUAAAGAAAGUGAAUACACUCAACAAAGGCGAAAAGAGUGUAAAAAGAUGAUUGAAGCCUUGCAAAAGGCCGAUGAGGAUGGGAUCGGCUUGGUUCAAAAAGCCACGCCGAGCCGGCUCGAACUGAUAGCUCAAGCCAGCUCGAGUAUGUUGGCUCAAGAAA